AUUCCAAUGUGGAGGGGUGGGCGAAGACCCAUGUUAGAAGGCCAGGGGAAAAGAAGAAAACUCCCAGUUGAAAAUAGUAGCGAUGGUUAUUAUAGCGCAUAUAAAUCGGGAUAAGAAUCUUUAACGCACCCUCUGAAGAGUAACCAGAUUACUUUCCCUCUGUACUUCCCCCCACAGGCGGUCGUGGUGCCGGCGCCGCGGACGGGAGCUCAUUGGGGUCAAUUCAAGUCAUGCAGGCUGCAAGAAACGCGGGGUCUCGGAUCUUGCGGUCUUGGGUAUGGCCAUCGACAAGCAGGGUCGUGGCCCGGGCGCCGGCCGCCACCAUUCACAGGGGCGCCCAGCAGCUGCAAGACGCGGCGGCCAAGCAGGAAGUUGAGAAGACGGCGGCUCCGGCUCCGGCCCCGGCCCCGAGCCGCAGCAGCUUCAGCAUUUACCCCCCGGUCCCAGGACAGGAGAGCUCCCUGAGGUGGGCAGGGAGGACGUUUGAGGAGAUCCCGAUCGCGCACAUCAAGGCGUCGUACAACAACACACAGAUCCAGGUCGUCUCUGCCGCCAACCAGCCCCUCGCCCGCACCUCCUGCGGCACGGAGGGCUUCAGGAACGCCAAAAAGGGCACGGGCCUCGCGGCGCAGACGGCCGGCAUUGCGGCCGCGGCGAAAGCGACGGGGAAGGGCGUGACCCACGUCCGCGUGGUGGUGAAAGGCCUGGGGCCAGGGCGGCUGGCUGCCAUCAAGGGGCUGACCAUGGGGGGCCUGGAAGUGAUCUCCAUCACGGACAACACCCCCAUCCCGCACAACGGCUGCCGCCCCAGGAAGGCCCGGAGGCUGUGACAGGAGGAAGCCCCCACCUCCGGACCGCGUCGAAAGCACACCGUCGGAGCUCUCUCCAGAGGGUGGCUUGUCGGAGGUCCUUCAGGCAGAAAGGGACAGCUGUGCCUCCUUACGUGGUGGCCUUUGUCGGACUUUUGACUGGACACCGGCGUCCCCAGAAGCAAGGCCAUCCCCUCUUGGACACAGGGGGGCGGGGGGGGGUAGCUGGGGCCCGGACUCCCGCCAGUGAACACUGCCCUCUCUGAAGAAAUAAAAGAAUAUGUCUACUAUCUGCAGUGAUUCGUGAGCUUUUUGCUUCCAGACUUGGAUGUGAACCGUGGAAGGACACUGUCUCCCUCCUGCCUUCUCUUCCACCCUCAGCAGGACCUACGAAGGGUAACGCGUGACCACUGACUGAAAAACCCAACGGGGGGCUUCCUGCACUAGAACCAUUGCCGAAGGGAAUUACACGGUUUCCCCAUGAAACGACAUGUGAGCACGAUGCAGAAGUCACGGUGCUCUUGAGAACUGCUCUGCGGUCUCACGUGGGCAGCCUGUGUCUGCGCAGACAGAGGCCGAGGAGCAGCUGCGCAGUGCAUCAUCGGUCAGGGCCCGCGUGGAAAAGGGGGCGCGGCUGGGGGAGCAGGUCUAAGGGUCUAACAGAGAAGCUUAGUGGCGGGCACUUUGAUUCCACUGCAUUCGAAUUAAUUUGGACGUACAUAGCAGCAUGUGGCUGGUGGCUCCCACGUCGGACACUGUGGCUCAGAUGUUCUUCAACGUGUGUAGCGAGUGUGCAAAGGCGUGUAUGCGCCGCCGCACUGAGAGUUCUGGUAAAAGACUGGAACCUAAACGUCCGUCAACGGGGAGCUGGUUAAAGAAAUGAGGUUCCAUCCGUGUAAUGGGUGUUAGCCCAGACCCGGCCAGGGUGCACUGCUGAGGAAAAACAGGUGGGGAGGGUGGCGUGCACGGCACAGUCACUAGUCUGCGUGGAAAAGGACGGGAUAUGUGUACGUGCAUGUUGAUGCACACGCAUCGCGUGUCUGGAGAGACAGUCCCCGACACAGCAGCGUCCUUUCUGCAGGGAGCGGACAUGCACAGCUGGGAAACGGGCAGAAAAAAGAUGUAACUUUUGCCUUCUCCACCUUUAGGAGAGGGUGCUGUGUACCUUGCUGUGGCUUAGCCUGAUUAAUUAACCACUUAAAAUACAACAAAAGUAGAAAUAAAGAGCUGGCUUAGAAAAGCGUA